CACAAUUUCCCGGACGGGGCUGCGCUGGGUCACAGUGCAGCCUCCAGCUGGGAGGAUGGGGUGGCUGCCACUCCUGCUCCUUCUGCUGCAGUGCCCAUGGGCUCCUGGGCAGCGCUCACCUUUAAACGACUUCCAGGCGCUCCGGGGCACAGAGCUGCAGUACCUGCUGCACGCGGCGGGGCCCGGGCCGUGGCAAGAGGACGUGGCGGGUGCCGAGGAGUGUGCAGGGCGCUGUGAGCGCCUGCUGGACUGCAGGGCCUUCCACUACAACAUGAGCAGCCACGGCUGCCAGCUGUUGCCGUGGACCCAGGACUCGCCCAACACGCGGCUGCAGCGUUCAGGGCGCUGUGACCUUUACCAGAAGAAAGACUAUGUGCGGGACUGUAUCAUGGACAAUGGGAUCAAGUACCGGGGCACCAAGGCCACCACCAGGAGUGGCCUAACCUGCCAGCGCUGGAGCCACAGGCACCCCAAUGACCACAAGUACAUGCCCACACCCAAGAAUGGCUUGGAGGAGAAUUUCUGCCGCAACCCCGACGGCGACCCCAGAGGCCCCUGGUGCUACACGACAGACCCCGCUGUGCGCUUUCAGAGCUGCGGCAUCAAGUCCUGCCGCGAGGCCACUUGCGUUUCGUGCAACGGUGAGAAUUACCGCGGCGCAGUGGACCCACCCCAACCCCCUGAUUGUCGGCCCUCCUUGAGCCCGACUCGCCUGCCCGCUGCAGACUGUUACUACGGCACCGGGGAGCAGUACCGCGGCUCGGUCAGCAAGACGCGGAAGGGCGUCCCGUGCCAGCUCUGGUCCGCGGACGCGCCGCACAAGUCGCAGUUCACUCCUACCUCCGCCCCCCACGCGCACCUGGAGAAGAACUUCUGCAGGAACCCCGACGGGGACAGCCACGGGCCCUGGUGCUACACCACCGACGCGAGGAUUCCCUUCGACUACUGUGCGCUGCGUGGCAAGAGGGUGCCCCGCCAGGACGAGCGUCUCUUCAGACUGCGUGUGGUGGGGGGCCAGCCUGGGAACUCACCCUGGACAGUCAGCCUGCGCAACCGGCACGGCCAGCACUUCUGUGGGGGCUCCCUGGUGAAGGAGCAGUGGGUGCUGACUUCCCAGCAGUGCUUCCCCUCCUGCCAUGAGCCUCUCGUGGGCUAUGAGGUGUGGCUGGGCACCAUGUUCCAGAACCCGCAGCCCCAGGAGCCAGGCCUGCAGCGGGUCCCAGUGGCCAAAAUGGUGUGCGGGCCCUCGGACUCCCAGCUGCUUCUGCUCAAGCUGGAGAGACCCGUCACCCUGAACCAGCGCGUGGCCCUGAUCUGCUUACCCCCCAAGCAGUACGUGGUGCCUCCGGGGACCAAGUGUGAGAUUGCAGGCUGGGGCGAGACCAGAGGAACAGGGAACAACUCGGUCCUCAACGUGGCUCCGCUGACCGUCAUCUCCAACCAGGAGUGCAACGUCAAGUACCGCGGGCGUGUGCAGGAGAACGAGCUGUGCACCCAGGGGCUGCUGGCCCCUGUGGGUGCCUGUGAGGGCGACUACGGGGGCCCGCUUGCCUGCUUCACCCAUGACUGCUGGGUCCUGGAGGGACUUAUAAUCCCCAACCGCGUGUGCGCACGGCCCCGCUGGCCAGCCGUCUUCGUUCGCGUCUCUGUGUUUGUGGACUGGAUUUACAAGGUCAUGCGGCUGGGCUAGGCCCGGCCUUGGUCCCCCCUGUACCGGGGGCACGGAGUUCCUGUGGGACAUAAAGGCGCCUUUCCUCCUCA